GAAACCUAUAAAAAAAUCGCGUCUUUUUCUUCCGCCUCGAUCGGCAUCUCCUCCCUCCGCCGCGCGCGUGACGCGAGGAGAGGAUCCAUUAAUUCAGCCGGACAGCCAUGGCGCACGCCGCCCCCGUGUGCGCGCGGCUGCCCCCAUGGCGCGUCCUCCUCCUCCUCCUCGCCCUGCUCGCCUUCUCCUGCUUCGCCCUCACGCGCUUCCCCGCCGCCGGGGCCCCGCUCGCCGCCCUCAUCGCCGCCUCUUCUCCGGCCGCCGGCGGAAGCGGCAGGGAGAGCUGCGCCGGGUUCUACCGCGGCGAGGGCGCGGGCGGGAGGCGAGCGGCGUCGGCGUCGGUGGAGGAGUUCGGGGCCGUGGGCGACGGGGUCACGUCCAACACGGCGGCGUUCCGGCGCGCCGUGGCGGCGCUCGAGCAGAGGGCCGCCGCGGCCGGCGGUGGGGCUAUGCUGGAGGUGCCUCCUGGGAGGUGGCUAACCGGCAGCUUCAACCUCACCAGCCGCUUCACGCUCUUCCUGCACCACGGCGCCGUCAUCCUCGGCUCCCAGGAUCCAGAAGAAUGGCCUCUCAUAGCGCCAUUGCCGUCCUACGGGCGCGGGAGGGAAAGAUUAGGGCCACGGCACAUUAGCCUAAUCCAUGGUGAAAACCUAGACGACGUUGUUAUCACAGGUAGCAAUGGGACCAUAGAUGGCCAAGGCAGGAUGUGGUGGGAGCUAUGGUGGAACCGGACUUUGAACCACACCAGAGGUCAUCUUAUCGAGCUCGUGAACUCGACAAAUGUCAUGAUCUCCAAUGUCACUCUACGCAAUUCCCCGUUUUGGACGGUGCAUCCGGUCUACUGCAGAAACGUGGUGAUAAAGGAUUUGACAAUACUAGCUCCCCUGAAUGCUCCCAACACCGAUGGCAUUGAUCCAGACUCAAGUUCAGACGUUUGCAUCGAGGACUGCUACAUCGAAAGCGGAGACGACCUGGUCGCCAUCAAGAGCGGGUGGGACCAGUACGGGAUAUCUGUGAACAAGCCCAGCACCAACAUCAUCAUCCAGCGUGUCUCCGGCACGACUCCGACGUGCUCAGGCGUCGGCAUCGGCAGCGAGAUGUCCGGCGGGGUAUCCGGGGUGCUCAUCCGGGACCUCCACGUGUGGAACUCGGCGUCGGCGGUCAGGAUCAAGACCGACGUCGGGCGCGGCGGGUUCGUCACCAAUGUCACCGUAGCCAACGUGACCAUGGAGAGAGUCAAGGUGCCGAUCAGGUUCAGCCGGGGCUCCGACGACCACUCUGAUGACAAGUAUGACAGAACGGCAUUGCCGACGAUCAGCGAUGUUCGGAUCGUCGACAUUGUUGGAGUCGACGUGCAGCGGGCCCCAAUUCUUGAGGCGGUGCAUGGUGCAGUUUACGAGGGAAUCUGCUUCAGGAAUGUGAGCCUGAGGCUGAGAGAAGAGGUCAGGAGGAGGCAUGCUGGGUGGCAGUGUGAGUCUGUGUAUGGGGAGGCUCAUGGGGUUUUCCCUGAGGCUUGUGAAGAGCUGAGGCACAAUGGAUCUUCUUCUUGGUGUGGCCUUUCAUGAGAGCUAUUGUACAUAACUUGUAGGGUUUUUCUUAUGAGCUGAGAUCGAGACGUGGGGUGCAUGUCUGUAUUUGUGCUAGAGAAGGAUAAGGGAUAGAGUUUACAGUGAGACUAAACAUUAGACAUGUCUUAUGGAGUGUAUGUAUUUUUGUGCCUAAAGAAAGAUAAUGGGGUAGAAUUUACAGUCCAGUCUCAACAUUUAGACAUGUAUUCUUCUGAGGGGUUUUCAGUCAUGCAGAGUAAAAGGAAAACGCUUCGCCUUUA